AUGGCGCCCGUCAGCACGACACCGCUUGCCGCCUAUGAACGGUUUACAAUGUUCCGCGUAACGUUGGCAGCACCAUUCGUGGCACAUGUGGAGAUCAAUCGACCGGAAAAGAUCAAUGCGUUCAACAACGUGAUGUUCCGUGAGAUGGCGGAAGUGUUCAAUCUCCUCUCUUACGAUCCGGACGUGCGAGUCAUCCUAUUCUCAGGAGCUGGGCCGAGAGGUUUCUCUGCUGGCCUCGAUGUGGCAUCGGAGUCGACAUCAGGUCCGGUGGGCACUCCUACCGCUGGACAAGAUUUUGCACGGCAAGCAUGGGCCGUGCGACGACACGCUUUAUUGUACCAGGAGCCGGUCAAUGCGAUCGAGCGAUGUGAGAAGCCCGUCAUAUGCCUCCUGCAUGGAGUCGCAUUUGGGGCGGCAAUUGACUUUGCCGUUGCCUGUGACAUUCGACAUUGCACUCGCGACGUCCGCUUCUGCGUCCGCGAGAUUGACGUCGGGCUCGCCCCGGAUGUGGGAACUCUAUCAAGACUGCCCAAGCUCGGCGUAUCGCACUCGUGGGCGAAAUCGGUCAUCUAUUCGGCCCGCGUAUUUGGAGGCGAAGAGGCCCAAAGGGUAGGCCUGGUGAGCGAGGUGGCCGAGUCCAAGGAUAAUUUGCUCAGCGACGCCUUAACUCUGGCAAAGGACAUCGCCUCCAAAAGCCCCGUAGCAGUGCAGAGCUCAAAGGCGUUGUGGGACUUUAGCAAAGACCGUCCGGUUUCCGACGGCCUGCUCUACACGGCAGCGUGGAAUGGCGCGAUGGUGCUCUCAGAUGAUGUCAAAUCGGCCAUGAUGAGCGGAUUGAAGAAGACGAAGCCCACCUUUGCAAAGUUGUAG